AUGGGUCAAUACGGUGUAAUUCUCGAUGCUGGCUCUUCCGGCACCCGCGUGUACAUCUACAAAUGGAAGGAUCCUAACAAGGCCCUCAAGCAAGCGUCUGCCUCCGAUGCCCACGUACUACCAAAGCUGAAGCUCCACAAGAGCAAGAAAAUCCAUCCGGGAGUUUCUACUUUUGCUGAAGAUGUCUCCUCUGUCGGGCCCGAUCACUUGAAAGCGCUAAUCGACACCGCGCUUGAUGAGAUACCAGCGUCUCAGGUCGCCCAGACACCCAUCUUCCUCUUGGCAACUGCUGGCGUUCGAUUCCUGCCCAAGCACCAGCAAACGGCGUUGCUACAAGGCAUCUGCACAUAUCUACAGGCCAACACACAGUUUCUGCUCCCCGACUGUGCAAGCCAUAUUCAGGUCAUCUCAGGCGAGACCGAGGGCUUGUACGGUUGGAUUGCUGCCAAUUAUCUACUUGGUGGCUUCGAUAAACCCGAUGAACAUGCGCAUGGAAAAGGUCAUAAUACCUAUGGCUUCUUAGACAUGGGUGGUGCGUCGGCACAGAUUGCCUUUGCACCAAACACAACCGAGACGGAAAAGCACGCGAACGACCUUAAGCUGGUCCGACUGCGACGCCUAGAUGGCUCUCCUAUGGAGUACAAGGUCUUUACGGCUACGUGGCUCGGUUUUGGGGCUAACAAGGCGCGAGAACGAUUCGUCGAAGGCUUACAAGAGCAGUACGGCAAAGCGAAAGGCGACAUUCCGGACCCUUGCCUGCCGAAAGGCUUGCGAACUUCCAUCAAGGGCGAGCCUCUCGGUAGCAAGCAGUCAUCCGAUGUUGCGCUCGUUGGAACCGGCAUGUUUGAAGAAUGCCUCCGUAAGACGUACCCCUUAUUGGGUAAAGAUGUACCAUGCAAGGACGAUCCGUGCUUACUCAACGGUCAGCAUGUGCCCGCCAUUGACUUUGAUGUGAACCACUUUAUUGGCGUUUCGGAGUACUGGCACACAACACAUGGCGUCUUUGGUCAAGAGAGCAAAGUCUACGACUUGAUCGCAUAUGAACAGGAGGUCAAUGCAUUCUGCAGCCAGGACUGGUCAGUAAUUGAACAUGGACUUGACAAGAGAAAGAAGACGAUGGAGGAAAAGGCAGAGAACGCCAGGGAGGCCUGUUUCAAAGCAUCAUGGUUAAUCAACGUGCUAUAUGAGGGCAUUGGCAUCCCGCGAAUCAGUCUAGGGGAUAUUCCCGGCACAAAAGUCAACAACACCAAGGGAGCUGUGGAAAAGACGAAAGGCGUUGAGGUCAGCUGGACUCUGGGCAAAAUGGUUCUCUAUGCUGCCGGACAGAUCCCCCCACAAGGCUCAGCACUUCCCGUUGGAUUCGGAAGCAAUACAGGGCUGGAGAUUCCCACUGAUUUUGAACUUGCUGGAUCCAAACCCUUGUUUCCAGGCUCUCAUAGCUAUGACGACGAUGACGAUGACGAUGUCCUUUCAAAUAGGUCCUCACCUGUCUCUGGUCUAUUGGUGCUGAUGCUGGUUCUCCUCUUCAUUGGCUACCUCCUAAGAAAAACCGAAUGGGGCCCCAGAGUGCUGGGCAAGUUCCGCCGUUUCCGGAAAGCUAGAAGCUCGUCUUUUGUGAGGAACCUUUUCGGUAGAAACACAACAAGCUAUGAUCGGUUAUUAGAGGAAGGCGGUGCGCUUGAGUUUGAGCUUGGAGGCACAGAAUCCGAUGAAACUGAUGGCUCAGACGGCGGAGAGACGUCAAGAUCUGCUAGAAGCCACCGAUUGUCGGGAACCAAGUCAAGCUUUGAGCGGUUCGACGGGAUGCGUCCACCGUCAGUUAUGGACAGACAUGGGCUUGUUGUACGAACAGAGAGCUGCGAACGACUUGCUCCAACACUACAAAUGCUGAACGCUGGCCGUCGCAGCAGAGCCCCAAGUCCGACACGGUUGAAGAAUUCCAUUGUGAUACCGCAGGAAAGCUAG